AUGGCGUACAAUCAACCCCACCCUGGUCAACCCUUUCCCCAAGCCAAUCCAUCCGCGGGCAAUCCCUAUGAUCGUCAAGAGGACCUCCGCUCCUCGGGGUACGGCAAUACCUCCGCCGAAGAGGCAAACUACUACAAUCGCCGUUCUCAACACCUGGACGUCUACAACGACCCAUACCUCGACCCCUCCGACCACUCACACGAGCGUAACGGACCGACCGCGGCCCCGUCUUCCGUCUCCAUCGGACCAUGGGACUCUGCAUCCCAGCGAUCACUCUCCACAUCAUCUCGACACCCUCUCCCCACCUCCCAUGCCACACCCUUAUCGGACGGACAAGACGGGUCGUCCAACCCCGCCCGACACCUUCGUAAUAAACCCUCCAAUAUGACCGCUGGCGGUCUGAGCUAUAUCGACGAAGAAGGCGACUACUACCGCUCGCCGCACCCCCGCCCUGCAUCAGCAUCACGGAAGAGGGAGGACGAGCUGGAGAUGCACGGCCUGGUGAGCGGUGCGGCGCGGAUGGGCGGGCGGGACGGGGAUCUAGAACACGCGGUAUUGAACGGGACGUAUGGGGAGAGCAAGUACGGCCAGUAUGAGGAUGGGCCGUAUGCCUGGCCACCGCUGGAUAACGUGAAUACGGGCGUGAGGAGCGAGAGCAAGUUGAUGGCGCUGCUAUUGUUCCCGACCGGGUUGGAUAGGGUGCUGGGGACGUUUGGGUGGGAUAAGGCGAGGAUACCGGUGGACCAGGCGAUAGAGAGGAAGAAGAGGGGUGUACCGGGGCAGAGGUUUCCAGUGAUGACUUGGGUGUUGACAGCCAUCAUGGUCGGGGUUAUGAUAUACGAAAUCAUCCAAAACAACGCCCUGACCGGUAACCCCAUCUCCACCCGCCCAACAUUCAACUACAUGAUCGGACCCUCGCCAUCGGUUCUCAUCAACAUCGGCGCACGCUUUCCACCAUGUAUGAAGCUGGUCCCAGACAUUCCUCCCCCCUUCAACUUUGCCUGCCUGGACGAUCUGAACGACCCCCCUACGUCCACGUGUAACCUCGCCCAGAUCUGCGGACACGGCCUGACCACUACCGAUAUACCCAAUCAGACAUGGCGCUUCUUCGUCCCUAUCUUCCUGCACGUUGGGAUCGUUCAUCUCAUCCUGAAUAUGGUGGCGCAGAUGACGGUCGGAGCUCUGGUCGAGCGGGAGAUGGGCUCCAUACCAUACUUGAUCGUCUACUUUGCUGGAGGGGUAUAUGGAUUCCUCCUGGGCGGCAAUUUUUCUCGGGUCGGUAUCCCCAGCGCAGGGGCUUCAGGUGCUCUAUUCGCAGUCAAUGCUUGCGUACUGGUGGAUCUCCUUAUGCACUGGAAGUAUGAGGAAAGGCCGAAGCUGAAGGCUUUCUUCCUCGCCUUGGAAUUCGUCGUCGGCAUCGCUGUCGGAUACAUCCCAAAUGCGGUCGAUGGUCUCGCGCACCUCGGCGGCUUCGCGAUGGGCCUACUCCUCGGUUCCGUUCUCUACCCCUCGAUCUCAGAGACCAGGACGCACCGCUUCGUCCUAUGGGGCGUACGAGCAUUCGCAGUAGCUCUCGCGGCUAUGGCCUUUGUGUUGACGACCCGGAACUUCUACACGACCGAUCCAAAUGCUGCGUGCAAAUGGUGCAAAUAUCUCAGCUGCAUCCCGGUCGCAGCGAACAAUUACUGUUCCGGGACAGGCAUCACGCAGUCCACGGUGCAGAGUACCAGGCGGAUGCUAGAGCUGUAA